AUGCACUCAGCAGCAGAGGCGCAGGAUGCUGCUGCUGCUGCUGCUGCUGCAGCAGAGCACCAGCAGCGCGAAAGGGUGGAGGCCGAGCUUGCAGAUGAGGACCUGGACAGGAUGAUGGCGGAGAGGGUGACGUUCGAGCCGGAGGUGGAGAACUUUUUGCGGGAGCUGUACGACAAGUUGUACGUGCGGUGUACAGACAGCGUGCGUCGGCUGUACGAAGUGGACUAUCCUUCACUUUCCGAAAAGUUUUUUUUUUCUUCUCCGUGGCCUUCAGUGGAUCUUGUUGGCGAUUUCUACAGAGAGUAUCAGCGCUACCACUCCCUCAUUAUGACUCUUUACAAGGAGCUUUACUACCGACAUCUCUUCCUCAGGCAGGGUUUAGGGUUUAGGGUUUAG